AACGCAUGUGAGGUGCUCAGUUCGCAUUCGGAUUUUAGCACGCGAGCGUUACUUUUUUUUGCACUAUACCAAUAGUCGCGUAAUGCUGAUAUUAAAUUUAAGAUACAAAUUGACAUUCAGAAUGCUCACGACUCUAAAUAAUUUCUCGCUUGUUGUUAGUUAGUUUUAAUAUUUCCUACAUAUUUCGUCAAGUGUUUUCAAAUGUUUCAAAAAUUAUAACCUCCAACAAAUAACAGUGUGCUCUAGUUUUUUUCUUUCAAGGAAAACGUCAAGUUUUGAAUUUACAUAAAAAUGGGCAACAGUAUGACAUCUCAAGUAUCAGCAGCUACAGUGGCUCCUCAACCAAGCAAAGAAAAAAUGUCAGGAUGUCCAGUUCAACAUGACAGUCCACCAGUUCAUAAGAAAAGUGAAUGUCCUGUGCAGCACGACGUCAACGAUAUUAAUCCACUUAACAUGAUGCCUAAGGAGAAUCAAAAUCCAGCACCUGAUCAACCAUUUCCGCUGUCAAAAGAUAGACAAGUGUCUACUAUACCAAAAGCUAGCGAGGAAGGAGGUUUCUGGGUCUAUCCUUCACCGCAGAUGUUCUGGAAUGCUAUGCUACGUAAAGGUUGGCGUUGGAAGGACGAGGAAGUUUCUCCAAAAGACAUGGAUGAUAUUAUCAAGAUACACAAUGCCAAUAAUGAGCAAGCUUGGCAAGAAGUAUUAAAAUGGGAGGCAUUACAUGCUAAGGAGUGCAUGACACCAAAGUUGAAAAGUUUUGGAGGUAAAGCCAAAGACUAUUCACCAAGAGCAAGAAUUCGAUAUUUCCUUGGGUAUGGAUACCCAUUUGAUAGACACGAUUGGAUUGUUGAUAGAUGUGGUAAAAAUAUCAGAUAUGUGAUAGACUACUAUGAUGGUGGCCAAGUCAAUGAGAAGUUCACAUUUGCACUAUUAGAUGUUAGACCUGCUAUGGAUUCAGUUGAAAAUAUUUGGGAUCGCAUGAAGGUAGCAUGGUGGAGAUGGAGAUAUGAAAACACUUCAGAGAAAAAUCCUGUUUGAAAGUUCAAAUUGGUAUUUGUAGAUAUGUAUACACAUGAUUUUAACUUCUUAUAUUAAAAUUACUAAAUAAAAAAUCGAUGUUUUUGCAUUUGAAGAUUAAUUAAUCUUAUGGUACUAUAUUUGUACUUAGACAACAUUGAAAUUAUAUAAAAUUAUAACUAAAUUGAAAUAAUACUAUGGAUUUAUGAAACCUCACAAUAAAUAUACAAUAACAGAUUUUUAUUUAAUU